CGGCGGCCAUUUUGGGUGAGGAUUGGGGGCGGAGCCAAGGGCCGCUCAGUCAGGCUUCGGAAGCCGGGGAGGAAGGAAGCGCUACGCUCCGCCGCUGACAGCCGGCUAUUCCGGCCCGGGCGCGGAGGUCCUAGCUGGGAAUGUAUGACAACAUGUCCACAAUGGUGUAUCUAAAGGAAGACAAGUUAGAGAAGCUUACUCAAGAUGAAAUUAUUUCUAAAACUAAGCAAGUGAUUCAAGGACUAGAAGCACUAAAGAAUGAGCACAAUUCCAUCUUACAGAGUUUACUAGAGACACUGAAAUGUUUGAAGAAAGAUGAUGAGACCAAUUUGGUGGAAGAAAAAUCAAACAUGAUUCGCAAGUCUUUGGAAAUGUUGGAACUGGGACUCAGUGAAGCACAGGUAAUGAUGGCCUUGUCAAAUCAUUUAAAUGCAGUGGAAUCGGAAAAGCAGAAAUUACGUGCUCAGGUUCGUCGGCUAUGCCAAGAAAAUCAGUGGUUAAGGGAUGAACUAGCCAAUACCCAGCAGAAAUUACAGAAGAGUGAACAAUCUGUGGCUCAGCUGGAAGAAGAAAAGAAGCACCUUGAAUUUAUGAACCAGUUAAAAAAAUAUGAUGAUGAUAUGUCCCCUUCAGAAGAUAAAGAUACAGAUUCUACCAAAGAACCACUGGAUGAUUUAUUUCCAAAUGAUGAAGAUGACCAAGGACAAGGAAUUCAACAGCCACAUAGCAGUGCAGCAGCUGCAGCCCAACAAGGUGGCUAUGAGAUUCCAGCAAGAUUACGGACUCUUCAUAACCUUGUCAUACAGUAUGCUUCCCAGGGUAGAUAUGAAGUUGCUGUACCCCUCUGUAAACAAGCACUUGAGGACCUAGAGAAAACCUCAGGCCACGAUCACCCUGAUGUUGCUACUAUGUUGAAUAUACUUGCAUUAGUAUACAGGGAUCAGAAUAAGUACAAAGAUGCAGCAAACUUACUGAAUGAUGCCUUGGCUAUUCGUGAGAAGACCUUGGGCAAAGAUCAUCCUGCGGUUGCAGCGACUUUAAAUAACCUUGCUGUGCUUUAUGGGAAAAGAGGCAAAUACAAGGAAGCUGAGCCUUUGUGCAAAAGGGCUUUAGAAAUCAGAGAGAAGGUUUUGGGGAAAGACCAUCCUGAUGUUGCCAAACAGUUAAAUAAUCUGGCCUUGCUAUGUCAGAACCAGGGUAAAUAUGAAGAAGUGGAAUACUACUAUCAACGAGCACUUGAGAUCUACCAAACUAAACUGGGGCCAGAUGACCCAAAUGUAGCAAAGACAAAGAAUAACUUGGCAUCCUGCUACCUGAAACAAGGAAAAUUUAAGCAAGCAGAAACUUUAUACAAAGAGAUCCUAACCCGUGCCCAUGAAAGGGAAUUUGGCUCUGUAGAUGGUAAGCAUUUGCAUAGCGAAGGAAAAUGGUUGCAUUUGCUGUUCUUGCUCAUGGCACUGAACUACUCAUUGCAAAGUGAGAUCUCUGUUUUCCUUUUACCUGGCUUACAGGGUCUUGACAAUGUUCACAAACAGAGAGUUGCUGAAGUCCUUAAUGAUCCUGAAAGUAUAGAGAGAAGACGAAGCCGUGAGAGCCUCAAUGUUGACGUGGUAAAGUAUGAGAGUGGCCCUGAUGGUGGAGAGGAAGUGAGUAUGAGCGUAGAAUGGAAUGGGGAUGGCACUGGAUCUCUAAAACGCAGUGGUUCCUUUAGCAAACUUCGUGCUUCAAUUAGACGCAGCAGUGAGAAGCUGGUUAGAAAGCUGAAGGGAGGAAGUUCACGAGAGAGUGAACCAAAGAAUCCUGGCAUGAAGCGUGCCAGUUCACUGAAUGUUCUUAACAUGGGUGGCAAGGCAUCUGAAGAUCAUUUUCAAGGACGAAAUAAUUGUCUGACAGACUCAAGAGCUCUGAGUGCCAGUCACACUGAUUUGGCCCACUGAGAUUCUGGGACAGAUGCUAGCUAAAAUACAUAUUUAUACAUAUAUCUCCCUUGCGCAUUAUGAAGCACUGAGGUUUACAGUUUUUGGGAGGUUCCCCCCAUCAUUGUCUUUUUAGAGCUGUCUAGGUUAGAGACAUUGUUGAAUGGACUCCUUUUCCUAGGCCAUAAAAUAAGUGGAAUUUUAAAGGACCUAGAGUCAGUGACUACCUUUUUUAUGCAAAAUUUAUUGUUUCUUCAUUGCUAAAAAUCUGGAAUUGUUUUACACAUCCCUGUAUUGCAGCCUGCAAAAGCAAGCAAGGGAGGAGGAACCCACAAAAUAGAAAAUGUCUGAAAUUUUAAAGGGUGCAAAAGCAUCUUUAGAUGUUCUGUUAGAAAAUUAGCGUGUUAGUAACUAUUUAUAAAGUUGAUGGAAUGAGAAACAUCUCCAUUAAGUUUGUUACUGUGUAAAAUCAGGAUUGUGUACAGUGAAAAACUUGUGUUGUCCUCCUAGUCACUAGUGAUUGGGCUUCAUAGCCUUUAAAACUGUAAAACAAGAUACUAAUACCCUAGAAUAGGAUAGUUUAGAUACUCCUUCAGAUUGUGGCACUUGUUGGCUGAUCACUUGUGGCCUUUUAGGGCCCAAAAAAUCAAUGGAAGCAGUGCAAUUAAUAUUUAACUGGGAGUGAAGAGCUCAAGAAAUAGUCUAAAACUAGCUAGUUUAUAAGUCUUUGCUUUUUGCCAGUCACCCGGAGCACUCCAUAUUUUCUUCAGGCUGGAAAUACUGUUACGGUUAUCUCCUAGUUUGAUCUCUGUUCAGAAUGAGAACACAAAAAGAUAAAGCAAUACUCGACUGUUACAUUUUGAAGCUGCUGUGCAAAGGGGCCAUAUGGAGGAACUCGCUACUAAAAUUGUCAAAGCAAUUUUUCUUCACUAUUACACUAGGUAAUAAUUUUUACACUAUUACAUAUUGCUUACACUUGGUCGAUGCACUGUCUGUUCUCAGGGGACCAGGAAGGAGAAGAUGAUUGUUUCAUUAUUUGGUUUUGUAAGCUAAUGAAACAUAAAUGAUUUUUAACUUUAUCUCCAUUUUGCAAAAUUAUUUGCAAGUAGGAUAGAGAACAGGUAUAUAAUUUGUGGGUAAAAGUUAACAUGCUGGCCUGUGGAAUGAAAGUAGGCGAUUUGUUAAAUUAGGGUUUUAAUGUCACUAAAAGUGAAUACAGUACCUGUUUUGUAAAUUGUUUUUAAGAAGACUUGUACAGAAUGCAUCUGAUAAAAUUGUGCUGUUUGUUUGUAUCAAUUGAAUCCUGAAAUGAUAAUUGUGUGAUCAUUCUCUUGAGACACAUUGCUCUUGAGUGGAAUAUUAGGAGAACGGCUUCUUUCUGUGAGCUGCCUCAGGUCUCACUCUGGGAGAAAGAUGGCGUAUACAAUAAAUAAAUAAAUAAAUACUUGCAUAUGCCUAGUGGACAUUC